ACCCGCUUUGCAGAUGCCCAUCGUAGGGGAGCAAUGGCGGCCUGCCGGGGAUCCUCGUCCAAGUGGUUCUACACCCGGGAGCAGCUCGAAAGCACGCCGUCUCGUCGAUGCGGGGUAGAACCAGACCGGGAGCUCUCCUACAGACAGCAGGCGGCGAAUCUGAUCCAAGACAUGGGCCAGAGACUCAAUGUCUCCCAACUAACAAUAAAUACAGCCAUUGUUUACAUGCAUAGGUUUUAUAUGCACCACUCUUUCACCAAAUUCCAUAGAAAUAUAAUAUCUCCAACCACAUUAUUCUUGGCUGCUAAAGUGGAAGAGCAACCCCGGAAACUCGAACAUGUGAUCAAAGUGGCACAUGCUUGCUUAAAUCCUCAAGAACCGCCUCUAGACACUAAAAGUAACGCAUACCUCCAGCAAGCUCAAGAGCUGGUGAUACUUGAAUCCAUAGUGCUGCAGACCCUGGGCUUUGAAAUUACUAUUGAUCACCCACACACUGAUGUGGUGAAAUGUUCCCAGCUAGUGAGAGCAAGCAAGGAUCUGGCACAGACUUCCUAUUUCAUGGCUACCAACAGUCUACACCUUACAACCUUCUGCCUCCAGCACAAGCCCACGGUCAUCUCUUGUGUUUGCAUCCAUCUGGCAUGCAAAUGGUCCAACUGGGAGAUCCCAGUUUCCACUGAUGGGAAACACUGGUGGGAGUAUGUGGACACAUCGGUCACUCUUGAGCUGCUUGAUGAGUUGACCCAUGAGUUUCUGCAGAUUUUGGAGAAGACCCCCAGCCGGUUAAAGCGGAUACGCAACUGGAGGGCAACACAAGCUGCCAAAAAGCCUAAGACUGACGGCAGCCAGCUGAUGGACAACUCUUUCCCUGGGCCUUCCAUUCUCCAAGACCAACAUGAUGCCACACUUCCUGGAGUCUCCUCCAACUCAAGUUUUUCUAAAACCGGCACCACCUUCACCAUGUCCAUGCCUGGCCAGUCCAGAGAUGCAGCCCUGACUCUGGACACCAUGGCUGGCAUAUACAAUCCUGCUAGCCACAGUGAAUGGCCCCUGGGCAAGCAGAGCCAAGCAGGGUACCUUUCCACCUGUAUAAAACAGGAACCCCUCAACAUCCCGCUAGACCACGCACUGUCUUUGCAGACCUCCACCUCCUCUUUGCUUCAAAAUCCACCCACAUUCAAGACUGAGAAAAUGGUAGACUUCAACCCUAUCAAACAGGAACCGAAGGGAGCUGGAAUGAGUAAGCACCAACCACCACCUCAGUCUGCGUACCCCCCAUCGGCUCAGCCUUCUCCUGCUCAGAGGCUGUCACUGGACAAAUACAGAGAGAAACAUGCUGUUGAAAUGUCUGUCUCAGGGCAGAAACGCCGUCAGGAACAGCACGGAGGAGCAUUGGACUGUGACGUGAGGGGAGAAAUGUCUUCCUCUUCUACCUAUGCACCAUCCUCAGUCAGCCACGUAGACCAUAGAAAACAUUUGCAGCCCAACCAACUGUCCUUUGGUGGGGCUGGCACCACUACUGUGUCCCCAGUGAAAAUUAAGGUCCCUUCUUCCUCAAGUUUAGUGCAAGACCGAUGUCAUCACAGUGACAAACGAGACAAAAGCAUGCCUAAACUGCGUCUGGCUUUGCCCGGGGGCUCACAGCUGGACAAAGGCGGACCACUCGGCAAAGACGAGCUUAAGAUGAAGAUAAAAGUUUCAUCAUCUGAGUGUCACAGCUCAUCGGAUGAAAGCAUGGCGGCGACCAACAACAGCAAGAGUAAAAGUUCAAGCUUGCUUGUCAGUAAAGAGAAACACAGAGGAGCGGAACACCACCUCCAUCGCCACCACAAGCACACUCAUCCUCACGCACACAGUGGCAAUGGGCGAGGUGGCCCCGAGAGCCAAGGUGGAGGGGGAGGCCUUCUACGGGGCACCCCAGGAUCGGUCAGUAUGGAGGGUUCGAUGCAUGCUCAUCCUGGAUCCACCUCUUUGUCUUCAUCCACAUCGCGCAAGAGGCAAUACCCGGAGGUCAGCCACAACCACCACCCUCCCUCAUCCUCAACUACCUGCUCCAAAGUGAGCAAAACCUCCAAGGGUGGCACUGGUGCUGCAGGUGGGCUGCGGACCUCUCAGCAGUACCCUCCUAGUGAAUCGCCACAUGAAGUGGGUGAGCAGAGACACUGAGUCCACCACUCUGCGGCUAUGGCCGGCACGCGGAUAUGGCUUCAAACUACACCCCACCUUCUUUUCAAGUGCCCUAGAAAAACAACUUAAUCUAAUGAUGAAGCCUUUAUUGCAAGGCAGAAAACAUCUCUCCAAAAACAGCAUUUAUGAAAAAAAAAAAUAAUAAUGCUUCCCGACUGACACAUCUCUGAGCUGUGAUGCUCGGUCCUGUUUUUCUGUUAGUGUGUUCAAUUGCUGCUUGGUUCUCUUUCCUCCUCAAAUGGGUCUAGGAAUGUGCAAUGUGUGAAUGUGAGGGUUUCCAUCAGGAGAACCCCAUAUGGGAAAACUAAAGUAUUGCAAGUACUGUAAGUCAUUUAAAUGAAUCCAUUUUCUGCAGUUGUGUGGAAGGAAGCCAGUGGCCAACUGGAGAUGAUUUCAAGUUAUGUUUGCUGGCAUUCCAUUUAGUACUAUUGAUGGAUGCAUAUAUUUUUUUUAGGUGUAAAAUUCAUCUCCUUAAUUACUUUCUUGUCUUGAUUUCUUUUCUAGUUAAGGACUGUGCGUAUGAUUUGCAUGUUUCGAUCUUCAAAGGGAUUUAAAAGAGGAGAGCACUUACUGUUUACAGGAAGUGGGAGAUAAAUGUACAUACGUUUUUUGUAUGUUUAAUGAAAAAACAAAUCUAUACCGUGACUACUCAGGUUUGGAGCUGCUUGUAAGUAUAACAAGAAUAUUAUGAUACCUAUAAAAGACUUAUUUUGUUGAUCUACUGUUUGGGCAUCAGCGUGUGAAUGAUUCCAGCAUUCCAGUAGUGUGUGUGUGUACUUAUAGCCUUCCUGCAGAGGGUGCUGCACUGUGCUUUUCCAUCACAGGAAAUAUCAGUUGCACUCGCCAACACGGGCACAUUCAACACACUGCUACAUCACAUUUGAGUGAUGCUAUUUGUACCAAAAAAUUAUUUUUUUGGACCUUUUAAUUAGACCGCAAGAUGGAUGCCAAAGGUUUUGCCUAAAAAAAAAAAAGUACAACAGUAGUUUGCCAUUAAAGUUUACAUAAUCUUUUUAUUUUGAAGUGCACCAGACUUAAUUUCAUGACGUGAAGCUGUAGCCCUUUAGAUGUCAUCCCACAUGAGGGAUACAUGUAUUAUUCAGUCAGCCAUUUACGACGAUUGAGGAGGGGAAAAACAAACACUUGUUGAUUAUUUCCAUUCCAGCAACAGCUAUGAAUACACUGACUAUUUGGCCACAUGCAAAAACACCAAAACUCAAGCACCUUUAAGUGUGGAUGGUGCUUUUUUUUGCAGGCGUCUUCUAUUUACAGCAAUGUAUCUGUCAGGACAGGUCUGAAAAUCUGUUUUAUACAUUAAGCACUAUAUUAAGUGUCGACCCAGUUACCUCUAUUUCCGACUCGGAUACUCAUUUAUCUCAACAUAACACAGAGGAUAAUGCAAGUAUAGAUCAACAUACAUACUAAGACUGAGGCUGGAGUGUUUGUGCCCUCAUUAGGAAUUGUACAGUUGGACUACAUUUUUCUUUUUCCUUUCAGUGUUGCAAAUAAAAGUUGCUGUCAUCCUGACACAGUAUACAA